GAGGAAUUUCCCCAGGUCUCACCCACACCCUAGAUUUACUUCCACCUCUUGAAGAGCUUUACAUUAUUGAUUUCUCUCUCCAUAAGUACCAUGCUAGUAGUAUCAAUAUACAAAUCAAUGCAGUUUUUUUCUCUGUUCUGAUUACAUUUCUCUAGUUCCUCUGUUUGUAUGGUUGCUUUAUGCCACAGGUAAACCAACCUUGACUUAAGCCUUUGGGCUUGAUAAUCUAAAAUGGCGCUCUUGACUCUGACUUGAAGUCCCCCCACUCUCUUUUGAAAAUCCUCUACAGGUCAAAGACAUGUAUGCAGGUGAGCAAGGAUCUUUGAUGAUGCUUGAAUAAAAAUAAAUAGAGACCAUCUGAUUCCUGUGCACAUCCAUCCUUAAUCCAUAGGGAAGCACCACAGUCUCAAGUGCAGGGUUAUCAUCCUUUAAGAGUUUUUCUGUUGCAUGUUCGUCAUCUCUCUUCAUCUCAUUCAGUAUCUGAGUAAGAUACAAAAUUCAUUGUGUGGUUGCUGUCAAACCCUCUGUAUUGAAUUCUACUGUUGGCUACCUUUGAUUUCUUUGAAAGAAAAAGAACAUUUUCAAGUAAUUCUGUGCUGUGCCUCAUCUACUUACCUCUGUUGGUCUGAGCUACAAGGUCAAAUUUUUUUAUCAUCCCUGUUCUCAGAAUACUAUGUUAGUUCAUGCUGUACUGAGUCCUCCAAACCCUUAAACUACACCUUAAACUAACACAUAUUUGAUAACUACUCUUUGUUGUUACUUUUGCUGUGUUACAGUUUGCUGUUGUCUAAUGACAUAUCGUCUAUAACUUAAAAUCUUAUUUGAUUGACAACUUUGGCAUUACAUGAACAAAAGGUUAACCUUUUCAGUUCACACAUUUAUCACAACACUGCAGCACUGUUGGACAACUUAUUUGUCAUGUGGUUCUAACACUGCUGCUGACACCUUGGGCACAACAGGCACAACAAAAAGUAAACUAUUACUGCUAAGCUCUGGAAAGUGGAGUGCUACAUUGUACCUAUGACUGCGUUUUCAUUAAGGUCUCACUAUUAUGAUUAUUUCUUUAUCAUUUCCUUGAAGUAAUAAUCACUGUAUUAAUCAUUUUGCACUGCAGACGUUCUUCUGCCUUAGCAUCUCGGCCUGAUUGCAUUUCCAUGAAGUAAUAAUCAUAAAUGUCCUUCCUUGAGUUGCGUCACCCCGCUGCAGUCGAUGGACUUGCCCGGAGGUCUCUGUACAAACAAGCAGCCGCUGGAAGAGAGUAGGUGAGUUGUGUUUAGUCUCUUUGCUAAAGAAAUAAGGCAAAGUUAAAAAGAUAUUUGGUGGCUAGUGCUGUGGCUGGGACUCUAUACAGUAUGUACUGUUGAUGAAGUUAGGUGCUGUUCUGAGCAUUAUUUGUGGCUGUAGAGUGGCGUUUUGGUUGAGCAUGUGGCUCUCUGUAUUUCUAUCUGCGGUCUUUACUAAAGUUGGUAUAACUAGAGAAGCAAGCAGUCGACAACAUUAAUCUCUUGACAGGGUGUCUAACUCAGUGUUACAGUGUGUUUGACCCAAACUUAAUUUUACGCCGGAAUAUCCCUUUAAAUUGUUAAGUAAUAGCUGUUGGAUAAGAAAACAUACUCAAUAAUUUACAGUACAAAACAACGUAAAAGUGGGGGCUGAAAUGAAGUCAAUGUAUCCCAACAUUGAACUCAAAAAUGUGAUAGGAAAAGUAAAGGAGCCUAAGUCAUCUUGCAUUGAUUGAAUUCUCCACAGAGACACGCUGUGAGUUCACUAUUCACUGAUGUCACCACAUGACAUUUGUCACACAAGUCUCUUCUGUUUCACUAAAUCUAACCAUUUGUUCUCUGCAGAGCCUUUACUCCGCUGUUUUCGGUGAAUUGUCCUCUCUCUCUCCCUCUCUCUCCUGUCUCUCUCUCUCUCUCUUUCUCUUAACAAAUCGUGUGAAAGGAACAGCAGAGUCUUCAUCAGAGCCGUGUGGGAAGAAAGUUGGAGAGGAGGGAGAAGCGGGUCACUGCUCCUCACACAUUCUGCUCAGCACCACGGACAGAGAAGAGCUGCGAGCGCGAACGACAGCUCCACAUCCACAGGAGUGAAGUGUUGGGGAGUCAGAGGAGUUUUUUCGGGAUAUUUAGCCUAACAUUUUUUUUUAAAUUUGAACGCACAAGGAAGUGGACUCCUUCGCGUCUGCUAGCUCAGUAAGCUUGCUCUUAUCUCACUAUCUGACACUUCUUUAUUUUUGUUUUUGCGUGACAUAAGAUGUGAGCAGAUCCACCGUGCGUUUGAGCCGUGGCUCUGGUGCCAAAAUUAUUUUUGCUUUACGCAUGGCACAGCGGACGACCGUAAGUCUGUAACGAGAGGUCAGUAACCGGAGUUAUUUACAGCACUGGGGAAAUGAGGAUUUUUGAUGUGUAGUUCAUGAUCAGUAAGAGGUUGUAGUGUGUUAUUAAGGACACCACGUGUUGGAAACUCGUUAGGAGACUGAAAUAGGGCAUAAAAAAUAUUUCUCUCUGGAUGAUUGAUGGAAAAACACAUUUCUCCUUGGAGUUGCCAACUGAUUAGGUGAUGGAAAGGAAAGUAAGAGGUGAACUCGUGUUCUCAGGGUGAUCAGAGCACAGAAUUGAAGGCUCAGUAGAGCACACAAACACAAACUGUUUGACAAUCUGUGAGAGACACUGCAAAAGUUAUCCCAAACCAGACCUGGAUAAUCCAGUUUAGCUCAGUUUUUCAUUGUAGUGACAGCUGAUUUUCCUCCUCCUGCUGAUACCAAACAUGACACAGGUGAGCAUUUUUUCUCUGAGCUGGUGAAAACAGGAAGUUAUCAUUCUAGACUCUGUGGUACCAUCUUUCUGUCUCAAUGGAGCCCUCAGACCAGAGCCACUGGCUCCCCUUUCAAUCGGACCUGAACUCCACCUUCCCAGCCACACCCUCACUCUUCUUUUCCUACCCCCGUCUCUUCAACAUCUCCUCCAACAUAUCCACGCAGAGCGUCCCCUUCCAGGGCAGCAGCACGCUCCUGACAGCCAUCAUCUCCCUCACAGUCUUCGUGGUGGGUCUGAUCGGCAACACUCUGGCCAUCUAUGUGGUGCUGCGUUACGCCAAAAUGAAGACAGUCACCAACAUCUACAUCCUGAACCUGGCUGUGGCUGAUGAGCUCUACAUCCUCGGUCUGCCCUUCCUCACCACACAGAACGUGCUCUCCUAUUGGCCCUUUGGCUCCUUCCUGUGUCGCGUGGUCAUGACAGCGGACUCUAUGAACCAGUUCACAUCAAUUUUCUGCCUGACGGUCAUGUCAAUCGAUCGUUACCUGGCUGUGGUCCAUCCAAUCCGCAGCACUAAGUGGAGACACCCCAGGGUGGCCAAGGUAGUGAGUGCAGCUGUAUGGGCCGUGUCCUUCGUGGUGGUCCUGCCUGUAGUCAUCUUCUCUGAUGUUCAGGUAGGCUAUAGACCAAAACCUUGUCGCUCCAUCCCCAUCCUGAAAGUUAAAAUGAACUUUGAAAAACAUACAAACAAACACACAAAAAGUGAGAAUUCAAGAUUUUUUUUUAACACAAAGACAUCCUAAAAAGUUAAAGUUAAAAUCCUACCCACCUUUAUGUCUGACCUAUCAAAAGCACUUGAGUCAGCUGUGGGCUAUUAUGGCUCAGUCACAGGAGAGUUGUAUAACAUUUUCCCAAAAAAAAAAAAAUUUCUUGAAUUCAAAUCAGGAGCACACUGACUAAACACAUGAUCCAUCUUUUGUUUAGUAGGCAGUAAAGCGCAACAUCAGAUCUUCACCUCAAAACCAUUGUGGCUGUGAAAUAUCACAAAGACGAUAUUGUUGUGACAUUUAGAGAAAACUUGAAAAUCAAAUGACAAAGCCAGUUAAAUUGAGGAAAGACUUCAUUAAUAAUCACAGUAAACUCACAUGCCAUCACACAUUUCCAAUAAUAUUCAAAUGUUGGACAUUUUUUGUCUCGCUUUUAUGUUGUAUUUCCUGAAAUGUCAAACUUUUCUUUAUUUGGAAGUAUCCUACAUCUUGAAGACUGUAAGUUACCAAAUUAAAUGAAAAGAGUUAAAAGAACAAUCACAAAGUAUAAGUGUUCAGUGAUCAGUAACCUAAAGAGGCAGAAGUUUGAACUUUUUUAUUUCAAUUCAUAAAAACCGUGAACAUCAGCAGCUAAUCACCUCUUGGUGGGCUGCUUCAGCUAGCUCAUUUGCAGUCUGUUAUGGCUUCAUCGUUUACCCUCCCUUUCUAUGAUGUUUGGCAACCAGCAUAAAAGACCACUGCUAUUGUGAUGCAGUAUUUUCAGCCAGUAUUGAUUUUUUUAUUGCCUCAAAAAAACAGAAAACUUGAAAACUUGAAAGAGGUCAUAAACAAAGUAAAAGGACAAUUUUCUUUGUAAGUGGCUUACAUGCACCAUUUAGAGAUAAAGACCUUUCUCUGUAUAAAAGUAUAAAUAUAUGACUUUAUCUCCGAUUAUAAAAGACUGAAGCCAAAACACUCUUCCAAUGGCCACUGACAGAAUGUAAUGAGGAUGUUUGAGGCAAAUGGGUAUGUGUACUCCCCACACAUUAACACAACAAAGACUCUUCAGCUCAAAACAGUCCAUAUCUUAACGGAGGUUAAGGAGAUGGUUUGAAACAUACGCUAUAGUUAGAGAAGGCCCAGUGUUAACUAUUCCUUUGCUGUCCUUCUCAUCUGGUAAAAGAGGAGCUCCGCUUGCUUACAAAUCGGUCAGGGACAAUGUCCCAUCCCCUUUUUGUAGCAUCAACAUUGAAUCAAAACAAAACUUUGCAAACAAAUAACCACUACCAGCAAAUAACCAGCACAUACAUCAGUGUGAUGUGAACUAACUGUCACGUUACGUCAGCCAAACCAUUUUAAGAUGAGGACCAGCGACUCUGCAGGAUUCACUGUUGGCUGCUUGGGAACUGAUUCUGUCCAAGUUCUUCAAAGCGCUCUAAUGGUUCUUGUUUAAUUCAGCUAAUUGAUGAUGUAACUGAUGUUAGCCAGUGAACUGUUGAGCAUUAUCACACACCUGUGAGCUUAGCCUUUGACCAUACACGGACACACAGCCAUGCUGAUUUUACAACAGCUCAAAGUCCUGUUUAAUACUGACAUAAAACAACAGCAAGUUUAACAUGGUGGUAAUCCUGUCAUCCAGAUUGCUGUUUUAUUGAAAUUUUAAAUGAAGAAGAACAUUUUCACACACAAGACCCUCAAUUAGGAAUAAAACAAAGGAUACUGAGUUCGCUUUGCUCGAAACCUGUUGGUGGACACCAAUGGCGAGGAAUGUUGUCGAAGUCUUUUUAAGGCUUUUAUACUGUUUUAUAAAUAUGCUGAUAAUGCAUAAUUUUUAGGGCUGGGACGAUAUGCUUUUCUCCAAAUUGGUUCUUCUACAAUUUUUUGGAUGCCGAUUCGAAUUAAAUUGCGAUUCUACGAUAUUAUCGAUUUUUUCAAUCUUUAGUCGGCACUUUUAAUGAUUAUGAUUGUCUACCGACUAUUCCAGGAAGCAUAUUUCCCCCAAAAAUACACAUCACAUGUAAGUCAGUUUUUAAGAUUUGUUCUUAAAUUUAAAUAAAAAAAAUAAAAAAAAACUUAUGUGGAUCAUUUUUUGCUCCUGCCCCUAAUUAUUAGGGUCUAGCUCUUGUUCAGUAGUAGCAGAUUGGUAUAUAUUACAUUAAAAACAAACCUUGAGAUAUGUAACUAACUAAACAUUUCACUAACUUAUGGUAAAAUAUUAUAUUAUAUUACUUAUCCACAAAUAUUAAUGAGACUUUUUUGAAAUAAGAACUCCUUCAGCAGUAAAGUACUCAUGGCUGAUCAUUAGGGAACUUUUUUGCUUGCAUAGGUGUAAUAUUGAGAGUUGCCACCUGAUAUGAAAUACCUAAACUGAACUUCUGAGUGUGGGAUUAAGUUUCUCAGGUUUGAGAAAAAUCAAGUCCUCCAGCCAAGAGGACACUAACUAAGGGCUGGAUAGUUCCCAUAAACAGGCUCGAGUGUUAAACAGAAAGCCAUAAUAAUAAUAAUGAAGUGCUCUUUAUCAAUGCUUCUUACUCAUCAGUAAAAAAGCCUUGUUGCAGUCCGAUUGCUUUGUCUCUGUCCAAUGUUACAACUUGGCUCAGUAAAGGAAAAGGACAUAACACAAAUUCAGAGGUUUUUGAAAAAGAAAAGUUGUAAAAAAUUGCAUGGAAAUCCAAAGAUGAGGUAGCAUAGGGGGGCUGGUGAGUGCUGUUUAAAUAACAAGGAUGGACAACAAGAAGGACUCUAAAUUAGAGUUGAAGGGUAAACCGCUUCACCCUUGACCCAAAUAAAUGAGGAUUUUAUAAACAGGAUUCAUAAACAGGAUUACUGACAUUACAGGGUACACCCCAGGUAUAUUAAAUCGGACUUAUGAAGCAAGACCCUAAAGAUGUCUGGAAAAAAACAUCAGAUUGUGACUGAUCCUGCUGGCUUAUCUGGAGAUUGAAGUUGCUGAUGAAGUCCCCCUUCACUGAGUCAUGUGCAAAUGUGCAGUACGGCUCUCUUUUAAUGAGGUGAGCAUUCAUUAGUUCUGGUAGAGUGGAUCAGAGCGGGCACAAUGGUCCAACACAAGUCUCAAGUCUCUCAGAGUCAAGUCUCUGUUUGCAGUGGCAAGUCCAAGUCAAGUCUCUCAAUAACAUCAAAAUAAAAAUGUAAAUGAAAUUGCUCAGACUAUAUCAUACCAUCUCAUAAAUACAUAUUGGGUUACUUAAAAUUAUAUUGUGUUUUAUUUGACAUUAAUCUGAGUGAGUUAAAGAAAUGACACAGCACAGCAGGAACAUAUAAACAUUUGCGGCUUAAAUUGUUAUGGAUUCAUAAGGUAUCUGUCUAAAGUCACAACUGAAGGAGAAAAAGUGCCACUAAAGAGGCAAAAAACCUAUCGCAGUGUAAUUCUUUGGGGUGUACACAGAACUUUCAGGGGCUGGGGCACCUCUAGCAUCUCUCCUCUUUUCACAGCACUGUUACCUGUCUCUUUCUGACAUUUUCAUUUUGCUUUCUGAGACAGUUUUUUUUUGAAAAAACUUAUCAGCAGGACCUCAAAUAAGGAGCAACAUAAGCUGCCAUCCAAGACAUGUCUUUUUCAGAGAUGUCCCUGCUUAUUUCAGCGCCAAGACACAUUCUGCAUGUGUUACAACAGCACGGCUUCAGAGUAAAAGAGUGAAGGUACUAGACUGGCCCGCCUGCAGUCCAGACCUGUUCCUCACUGAAAAUGUGUGAAUUAGUCAGCAGCACCAAAACAAGAAAUUCUCCUCACUGAGUUGGAGGAGACAGAAAUCUCUAAAUCUUGGUUUAUUCUAGUUGACAAGGGUUCAGAGACUAGCCUGGCGCUGACAAGCUAGUUCAGCUGGCUGAUGGGUCUGGAAAACAACAUUAUGAUAGGGCCCCUGAGAGCGUCUGUAAAGACCUUUAAUCUAUCAAAUUAACACAAAGUGUUACAAAUAGCAUAGCAAAAGAAAGACAGGAAGCAGCAUGCAGAGUAAAGAAGGAUGUUCAGACUUUCCAGGGACAGAGGCUGCCAUCUUGGUUAUUGGAAAUAUGCUGCAGGAGCACUCCUCUGUAGCUCCAGACCCACAUGCCUACGAAAAUGAGUAUGAGCUGGCUGAUGGGUCUGGAAACACCAGGCUAGCCAGGAACGUGACUUUCAAACAAUGCUUCUUUCUUACCCUGGGAUAUGUAAAUAAACAUCUGUUUGAUUUCCCAGAAUGCCAAAUCAAGAUUAUGGUUGGUAAUCCAUCAGUGCUGUGUUUACAUCCUCAUCCCUACAGCCUCCAGGUGAUCAUGAGGAGGACCGAAAUAGAAACAGCCCACACAGUCUCAACUGUAGUCAAACACUCGUAGGUCUUGACUGAAAACUUUAACAAAAGCCAUUGUGUGUGUGCUGAAAGAAAAGCAAUGCAGCAAGUUCUGUUACUGGAGGAUAACAUAAAAGCUCUAAGAAAAAAUGUAGAGACAGAACACAAAGUCAAGGUUUCUAUGAAACAUCAUGGUGUUGUAAAGCUGAAGGCUGCUGGUUUAGUAACGACAGCACAAAAGAGACACAUGGGGAAAAAAAACCCUCUGUUGCACAGGCUAUUGUUGUUGGUACUUAUUCGAUUGUGCAUUAGUUUGUAAAGUAUGUGUAAAAUGUGCAUCUACUAUGGAAACCCAUUAAAGGAGACAAUCCAAGCUUAACAAAUAUUCACUCUCAGGUUUUAAACACAUCUUACCUCACCUUACAAUUAAAAAAAAUCUCCUUUGUAUCUUGUGUUUUUGUCUACAAGCAUAUUUUCAAGUUAUUGCUGUAAUUUGAGUGAUAUUAGUUCCAGUCCUCCCCUUAGUCAUUUGUGUAUCAUGUGCCUCAUGAGGCCAGUGUCAGCAAGUUCUACAUUUUACAUUUUUAGUCUCAAUAUAGAUACAAAGAUUAAUCCUCACCAUCUAGCACUGUGUUGGUCUAUGUCCUCUCUCUGGAAGCUGUAUCAGUAAAUCAUACGCAGAGGCGUAUUCAGGCUGUCUGAGGGAUAGGGGUGAAGAAAGAAAAAACAAAAAAGGCCACCUGCUGUAUGCUGUGGGGUACAAACAUACAGAAAAAGAAAUAACGCAGAGGAAAACAGACAAAAAUUCAAAACUCUUCCUGCACAUUUGAGCCAAAUUUCAUCUGCUAUUUUCCAUGUGAUCAUCCUAAAACUGACACAUUCAACAUAAUCAGAUAACACAUUUCUGUUUGAUACUUAAACACUUUAACUAGAAACAAAGACUCUCCAGUCAAACAUAACUAAUGAAGCUGAAUUUUCAAGUGGGGGCUUAAUCACAUUUUAUCCAUUGAAAGGUAGAGUACUUUCUAAUCUCUAUCUUCUACAGCAGCAGCAUUCAAGAGGACGCUUAUGUGCUAUUGUUUUAGGCAAUGCUACUCCUGCUGCUCUUCAGGGUACACCAGUGAUCGCAAGAACUACAGUUGAAAUUUCUACAGUUUAUAUAUAAUAAUGGAAAAUUUGUUUGAUUUUUAUCAUAUGUAAUUAUUAAAAAAACACUACUUUAGGGUCAAACAUGCAAAGAACAUCUGCAUCUCUGCACCACCAUCUGAUUUUUUGGUGCAAUUUUGGAGUCAGGCCAACAUUGCUGACAUCCUCUUUUCACUCAGAUUUCUCUGUUUAUUCGACGCUGUGGAGACUUGAGUUUGCAUGAGGGUCAUGUAAUGCUCAGGAAAGGCAGAGAUAGAAAGGCAGUAUUUCAGGUGACUCAUUAAGAGAAUGAAGGGGUCAGAGUUAGAAGAGAAAGAUAAGAAGAAUUUUAUUUAUCUCCAAGGGGAAAUUUAAUUGUCUGGAUUACCGUCUCCAUUUUUAAAUCACAUAUUAUUUACAGUCAAGUAGUAGAGUCUGAUCUUUGUAAUGUCUCAGUACUGCAUUGAAGUGAAAGAAGCUGAGAGAAGAAGUUUAUCAGAGCGGUCCAUUUCAAAGAUUUGUAUAUUUCACUUUUUUAAAAGUUUAACCUUUAGGUAAAAUCCCAAUGAGAUCAUGAUCUCAUUUACAAGGGCAACUUGGCAAAGAGGUCAGCAAUAUACGUCAUUAUAAAUACAAAUUCAAGAACAAAUCUAGAGCAAUAAACAACAAGCAACAGAUAUGGUAAGGGAACCAACAAAUUCACAGUUCAAGUGCAACAAUAAUUUUGGAACCAUUACUAUUUCAAAACACAGGCAUUGUUCAUAUAGGAUUCUCGCUGCUUUGUGAGUAAAAUGGAAUGAAAAUCUUGAAUUGAAACCAGUUCUGACAUUUUGAGUUCUGUUUAAACUUGACUUUGUUUAGGACACGUUUAACUCCUGCAACAUGAUCUGGCCUGAGCCGAAGAACGUGUGGUCGACAGCUUUCAUCCUCUACACUGCCACAGUGGGCUUCUUUGGGCCGCUGCUCAUCAUCUGCCUCUGCUACCUACUCAUCGUCAUCAAGGUACGUUUAUGAGGCUGAUUAAAAAACUCAUGUAUAAAUUCAUACCAACAUCUGUCUCCAAAUUAUGCUAAUUUCCAUCAGCCUCAUCUUCCACACACUCCUCUUCCUCCUCUUCAGUGUCAUUAUCUCGCUUAUGUUCAUCCUCCCCCUCAUCAUCAUAAUCAGACUACCUUUGGUGGGUUCUCUCUUCAGGUGAAGUCAUCAGGGGUGCGGGCGGGCUUCACCAAACGUCGCCGUUCAGAGCGUAAAGUGACGAGGAUGGUGGUGGUGAUCGUGGUGGUGUUUGUGCUCUGCUGGCUGCCGUUCUUCAUCAUCAACAUGAUCAACCUUGUGGUCAUCAUCCCAGAGUCCAGCGCCACUGCAGGCAUCUACUUUUUUGCCGUCAUCCUGUCCUAUGCCAACUCCUGCGCCAACCCGGUGCUCUACGGGUUCCUGUCAGAAAACUUCAAACAGAGCUUCAGAAAAGUAGGCUCGAUAUCUUCAGAGUAGAAACAACUGUAAAUGUAAAGACAUAGCCGGGUUUUAGAAAUCUGACUAAAUGCUUGAUUUUUUGUUUCCAAUGAGGCCACAGCCAGAGAAAAAAAAUCUGAAAUAAACCAAUAAAUGUCAACAAAGUUUACAGGUGAAGUCAUAGUUCUGUACACAGAAACAAAAUUUAACCAGUCUUCUCUUUUAAGUAGUUGUAUGAGGUACUUGUCAAUAAUUAGCAUUUUAUACAUAUUGAUGAACUCUGCCCUUUUAUUGAGAAAUGGGAUUGAGAAUUGGCACAGAAGUUUGGCUAUCAGAAACUGCAGAUUAGGUCAAUUUAACCACAUCUUUUAGCAAAUUUAAAGCUCCCAUAUGGAGUUUUUUUGAUAUCCAUGAAGUUGACUUUCAUUCUUACUGGUGCCUGAUGGUAAACAAGACUAUCAGUGACAAACAUGAUGAUUGUUAUUUCCAAAUUUUUAAUGCCUGAAACCAGUGCUAAAGGGUAGGUGUCAGUCAAGCAGCUGGAGAAACAGACAUGUUUUUACAAUCUCCACAGGAAGCUUUCAAAAUAAGUGACACAUUUCACUGUCAAAAGUUAUAAGAACAAAGGUUUUUGGUCAAAAGUCACUGCUCAAGCAUGUAGAUGUUAAGAUUAAAAAAAGACUGCUCACAAGGGGGGCCAAAACUGACAUGAAUCAAAAGUUUCUUAUGUGAACUUUAAAUAAAGUAAAAGCCAUUCAUAUAAGUUAGUAUAACUGUCUGAGUAACUCUUAAUACAACUCCACUUCUUAUAAUGCAUCACAGACACAUUUAUUAAGUCUUAUGGAUACACCUUUGAGGCUUUAUGCCUUUUGGUUGAUAAUCAGCAUUCAUAACAGCUUAUAGCAAUGCUUAUGAAGUGUUAUAAGUAGUGAGCAUAAUGCCUUAUAAUAAGAAGAUAAUGUAGUUACACAUAAUGCAAUCUAUAAUUAAUUAUGCAAUAAUGUAAAAAAAAACCAUAUUAUAAUCAUAAAAAUGCAUAAUUGUUACAUAGUAAGAAUUAUUCUGCCUUAUACUAAAUUGCUAAUUAUGAAGUAUAAGGCUGUAUGAAGCCUUAAAUCCCAAUAUGUUGAUAAAAGUCCUGGUACAUACGGGGUUAAAUGUAGAAGUAGCAGUCCUACGUGCACAGGGUGCAACAGUCUGCCUAAAGCACUGCCUCAGGCUUUAACAUGUAAUAUCUAAGAAAUCCUUAUCUUGGUGUUAUCUGGUGUUGUUAUUGGAAAUGACAGCCUCACACAGCACUCAUCCCUAAACAACUGACAUAGGGGGGCCCUAGAUAAAUCUGAACCAGAAACAUGCAGACAACAGGAAUUUCUGGUCAACCCUUCAAUGCUUUUUGUAUCAUAUUUGAUACAUACUUUAAUGAUACUUCUAUCAAAUCAAUAUGAUCAACAAGUUACAAAAAAAAAAAAAAAAAAAAACACCUGAAUACAAUCCAAUAAAUGAUAAAUGUCCUCUAAUGGUUUAUCAGUUUACAAAAACAUCUAAUGUAUCAAACGAGAUGAAUAUAUUUAUUUGUUGUUUAUUUGUUAAAUUUUAAGGACAUUUUGAUUCUGGGGGUUUUCAGUAGUAAGUGAGAUAAACAUUUCAGCCCCCCAAAAAUUAGAAUUUUCUGGCCAUAAUUAAUGGUUUCAGGCAUUGAAGGGUUAAAUGAAAGAUAGUCAUCAGAAGGAUACAGUAGCAUCAACAGAGAGUGGCUUUAAUCAGAAUGAAAUUACUCUCCAAACUCUGACCCCAGAUCCUCCUCUGACGAUUGAUCAGACAUCCUUGUUGUGUGUUGCAGGUGUUAUGUAUCAGGAGUAUGCGGUGCAAAGCCAGCGGAGUCAAUGAUGGAGACCCCAGCCUUCCCCGCACUGAGAAAACCACAGCGCACGACUGUGUCCUGCUCUCCCCUCGGAACCAGGUUUACCAGGACCCACAGAGCAGCCAGGUAAGAAUUAAGACUUAAGAUGAGCUUUAUUUACCCCUGAAGGGAAAUUCAAUUCAAUUCAAUUCAAUUCAAUAAAUUCAACAGUGGCCAGAGAAAGCAGAUAGAGAGGUAUUAAUGUUUCAUCGUGACUGCUGCACAUGGUUCUCUGCUAUUUUAACAGAUAUGGUUAGAUGUGUCGAUAGUUCACAUUCACAGGUGUUUGUGCACACUCACACGCACACUCAUCAUCAGGUUUGAUCAGCUCUGAUACAUCAGGUUUGGCAGUUCUCCUAAUGAAGAGGAGUCCAGCACUUCCGUACCCAUCAACAGGCAGAUAUAUUUGUGUGUGUGUGUGUCUGUAUGUGUGUGUGUGUAGGAGUAGCUAAUUGAAAAGGAUGGCAAAUCAGUGCUACGUAAGGGUUUUGAUGAAUUAUAACCUGAGGCAGGAAGUUAAAGAUUAUAGGAUAAUUUGUGUGUGUUUGUGUGUGUGUGUGUGUCUGUGUGUGUGUGUUUGUGUAUCAGAAAGACGAGGCAUGACCUACCCAUCAGAGAGCAAGGCCCUUCAUAACAGCAUUAUGUGGGCAAUCAACUAAAUUAAUGAUUUUUUUUUGGAACAUAGUGACUUAAAUCUUGUGACGUAAAAAAUCUACUUGAUUUUGAAAACAACAAUUUUACAACAACUAAAUUCCCUAAAUAAAAUGAAUUAAUUACAACUUAAUUUUUUUAAUCAAAUCAUGACUUCACUGUGACUUUAUUCUUGGAAAAAACUGAUGAUUAUGUCUCAACUUUACCGCAGUAAUUUAAUGAGUUUACCACAACUUUAUUCUCACAGGAAAAAAGUGAUUUUAACGUGACUUUAUUCUGGCUAGAAAAUGUUUUUCUUUCACUUUUUGAAUUAUGAAAUGAUUAGAUUAUAACCUUAUCCUCAGCCGAUGACAGAGCUCAGUGUUUUGGCCCCACCCUCUGUAUAGCGUUCAAUCAGUAGAGCAGUAGAGCAGAGUUACGCUGCUCUGCUGUGGGUGUCACAGGCAGAUUGUUGGAGGUUUUGCUGGAAGCUCAGAUGUACUAGUAAGUAUGGUGGCCGAGAACCGCCACUGCUGCAGAUGAAAAAGAAUGCAAAAAAAAAAAAGAAGCCACAAAGGAAGUUAUCAAUGCAAAAAGAGAAACUGAAGCCCGCUGCAAAUAAAAAAAGAAACGGUGCAGACAAAAAAGCCACAACAGAAGUUGCUGACAAAAAAAAAGUGACAAUGGAGAAAAAAAAAAAAAAUUACUUCCUGCGAAAAUAAAAGGAUGCAAAUACUGAAGCUAACACUACACCGGCAUCCACCAGUUCACCUUCAUAUCAACUCAGGCGCAACAUGGCCUAACCAAACGACACGUUGAAAAGCACACGAGGUGAAAUUAAACAAUAACCUUUCCACUUACUUCUGUUGUGGCUUCUUUUUUUUGCUUUCUUUUUAUUUGCAGCAGUGGCGACUCUUGGCCACCGUAAGUAAGGAAAGCCUGUUAUGAUGAUUGCAGCAUUGUGUAACAUUUUAGUGAGUCUUGUGUUUUCUCCAAGGUCCUGUUUUGAGCAAUUUCUAUCUUUUUCUUAAGAUGAUGACGUGUUUACCUCGUGAUUUCAAAAUUAGCAUACAUCUAGUAUGGACACCAAACAUUGUAACUUUGCAUUUUCCGAUGUAAAUGUCGAAAAGUAUAAUAGCAUCCCUUUAAGUCUUUCUGUCCUGUUAAAGAUUAGCAAGACAGUAACGUUCAUUAUGAGUCAAAUCUGUAAAAUACAUAAUCCUGGCGCUCCUGAAAUUUCCUGAUGAUGUCUCAGUGGGUAAAAUGAGUUUCCCCCGACUUUUCUGUCAGCCUCUUCAAAUAAAGUCUCUGUGGCUCUAGGUGAGCUGAUAUGUGACGACGACAGCUAAAAGUCAGGAACAUAUACUGUGGGCCAGAGGGCAGGAUGACACUGUCACUCAUGUUGAUUGAAGUCUUCACUGUUGCUGUCUGCAGACUGUUUGACCAUGUUGUUUUCAUCCUGCAAAAAUGUCCUUGGUCUUUUUGUAGUAAUACAAACACAGAAAACCUGCGCCCCUCCUCCACAGACCCCAAACAAAGUACUUUCUGAGUCCCUGUUUAUUCUUUGAACUUGAACUCUUAGUUAUUCUUUGUUGCCUUAGUCCUGUUUUUUUUUUUUUUUUGGGUUAUGGUUUGUCCUUCCCCUCACGACUGACUGUCUUCUUCUGUGUUUUCUCUGAAGAUCUCCCCUCAACCUCCUGGCUCACCUACCUCUCACACAGCUGCAGACCUGCACAGCUCCACCCCUACCUGUCUAUCUCCCUCUCCCUGCCCAGGAAUCGAACCCACGACUGCCAUUGUAACCUCUACAGCAGCAUCUACUUUAACCUCCAUGGUGACCCCGGCUGAACUGCCCACCAUCACUGCCCUGACGAUCCCCCCCUCGUCUUCAGCUGUAGCCCCACUGCAAGAGUAGCCAAGAGGCGACAGGUGUUUUAGAGAGGGGGGAAACAGAGUGAAAAACAAAUAUGUCACAGUAUUAGCUUCUGCUUUUUUUCUGCUGUUUUUAAACCCAUAAACCCUUUUCUUGGACUAUUAUUAGACACGCACUUACUCACUCAUUCACCCUCUCACUCAAAAUGCAUUACAACACCUGUGUUCCCUAUUGAUAAAAAAUCUCAUGAAUAACUUUUCAGGUUUCCUUUUGUAUCUGUACCUGUUGAAGCACCAAGCUGUGUACAAGCCCAUUUUCUUUCCAUUCAGCUUUCUGACAUAAGUGCCUUUUCAGCCCCUCUCAGCAACCAUCAUGGAAGCUAAACAGUCACACGGGAACAUAAUCUCUUUUCCUUUCACACAUUAUGUUUGUCUGUCACACAAUACAAAGGUGUGUGUUAAUCACCAACAAUUGAAGCUGGAGAGGGUUUCUUAUAGACACAUCCAUAUAUAUGCAGCUGUGAUGGCAGCUGCUGCCUGCAUUAUACUAGAAAUGAUAUAAUCGAAAGUCAUUUUAAAAGUGAUUACCUACGACAGGGACCAUAGUUAAAUACACACAAAAUGUUAUGUGAUGUUGGUUUGAUGUCUUUCAUGAAUUUCUGAUCAGGGAUCUUCAACAUUUUUAAUGCCGAAACUGGUGUGAGGAGGUCAGCCAGGCAGCAGAAUAGACAGCACAAGAUGAGAAACAGCUUAACAUAUUUGUUCAUAAUGACGCAGGAUGAGAUUUGUAGUCAAAAAUCACCACACGAGCAUGUAGACCACAAGAUUAGCAGAGAUCGUAGGGACUGCAGAAGCUUAACAUAUAAAGCAUCCUAGUUGUCGCAUGGUGAUAAACAAUAAAAUACAUCAGUUCACCAACAGGGCAACAAAACUACAAAUAUCUAUGUACUCUGUGCGGCCAGUAAGUGUAUUUGUACGGUUUUCUCUCCAUGAAAUCAAGGCAAGGCAAGUUUAUUUGUAUAGCACCACUUACACACAAGGCAAUUCAAAGUGCUUUACAGAUGCAAGGAAAUAUAUCGGAGAUGAAAAAAGAGAGAUUAUAACAAUUUAAAAUCAAGAAGACAAACAGAUAAUUUUUUUCGUCUGUUCCGUGUUUACCCUAAUUAUUUAAAAACGAAAUAAGUCGAAGCUAUCAGACCCUCCUCAGCCCGAGUCUCCAAGAAUCGAUAGGUCCCCAAGACCUCAGUGCAUAGAGGGUCUCUGACUCGCAGCUCCCCAGCCUUUUACCCGUUCUUCCAAUUUCAUUAGUUAGGUCCCAAUUUGGUUUUAUUCCCCUGAGAAACUUGCAACAGAGGAAGCAUUUGCCAGCUGAAAAUAAAAAAAAAUACUCAAAUGUAAUUUAAAAAAAUUUAAAAAAGUUGAAAAUGUUGAAAAUAAAGGCUGGUGUUUUGUGCAAAGUGGACAGAGUAAAAGUUUGGCCUGACAGUGACAGAUUUGUGUCCAAGUGAAGUUAAAUCGUGAGUAAAGGUCCAAGUAGAAAACUGCUUACUGGGGACGGCCAGUGUUAAAAUGUGCCACAGCUGUGAACUCUGGGUAAUUUUUCAUCUUGUUUGUAGGUAUUUAAUAUCGAAGGUUUACAAGAUCCUCUUUAUACACCAACACUGUGAUUAGUGCUACAAAGAUGAUUAAAAGUUUUAAAAGAUGUUAAUUCAGACAAAAAAAAAAACCCUGCCUUAAUCCGACAGCUGCACAGCACUUCUUAAACAUCAAGUUUAAAUGUAAAAUAUGUAAAGACUAAGCUGUGAUGAAUGUUGAUAUCUGUUCUCGUUUGUGGGAUAUUUUCUGCAAAUUGUUUGUAUUCUGAUGAAAAAAAAAAGACCUUGUUUCUGUUUGUCAGCUUUUUAGAGUCUUUGCCAGCUCAAUGUCUUUUUUACAAACGUGACCAACAGUGAACACGAAACCUCUGACCUCUCUGUAAAUAUGCCUCUUCAUUUGUACGCUCUUAUUUGGCUAUGUCACGACUCUGUGUGUCUGUCCUUGCAUGUGUCAAUGCAUCGACGUUUGUUUCUGGUUUACACAUGUCUGUAAAUAUUUUCUCUGCAGUAGCUGUGACUCUGAUAAACCCAGGGUUUAAAGCAGCAUAUGUGUAAAGUAACAGUUGUGACUGUGUAACAUGAUUUGCUCAGCGUUGUGUUUUCUGUUUUUUCUGGUGUUGCGUCAGAUCACACUGGCAGCUCAGUACCUCAGCUGUAACAGCCUGCAGGAAUGCCUUUGACCCUGGAAAUACUUUGACCAACUACCCUUGAGCUUGUAUUAUGAAAGGUCAAGUGCUGCUUUUAGGACCAUUUAAGGACAAUCAUACAGUACAAAACUAGUCUCUGACUGGCUGGUACAACCACUUCAAAAUCACUUAUUAGGUCACUGCUUGUGUGCUUUGUGCCACUGCUGGCUGCAAAAGAUCAAAUUCACCUUAAUAGGAAAUUUGAAUAUGAAAAAAACUUGUCAAUGUUAGACAGCUUCUCCUUUUAUUGGUUGUCUGGUUGUGUGGCCACAGUACUAGCGCAAAAAUAUGCUUCUAUGUAAGUUGUAUUGUGUAUAAAUAUUGAUGCGAUAUCAGUGUUUUUUCAUCGUUUAAUAAAAAAGAAGCGGAUUAGAAUUGACUCUCACAUUAGGAGUAUGAGUUCAUUGUAGUAGCACACGAGCAUCAUUAGUAAAAGUAACAACAAUGGAUGUUCAUCUCUUUUUCAACCACUUUUCAUGAGUGUAAAGAAAGAGAGAAAGGCCUUUGUGACCAGGUGCAAGAAAAAAAUUGAAUCAGGUGCAUAUCAUGAAAAGGUGAUGACAGAAAAACCAGCAGAGGGAGAGAAAAUAAAGGCUGCUAACUAUGUUGGCUUGACAGAGACCGCGUUGUGCAUUUCUUCAGAUUAUUGAAGUUGUUCAGUGUUGUUGCUUUUUGUUUGUUGGAUUUUUUUAAAAUAAAAUUGUCUGUUUGAAAUCAAA